UGUGUUUCUGAAUGAGCACGUGAGCCUGGGGACUUGGGAGUGUUCUUAUGGCUGCGGUAUGCGUGUGGUACUCGGUGCACUGAAACACGUUGCCAGUGUUACCCGGUAUGCCAACGUCCUACCUUGGUUUUCAUCACAGUUAUCUGGAGCCGAAGGCUUCGGUUGUCCGUAUGAGGAACACAUGUGUGUUCAGACAAUGGUACUAAGGGUCUAUUAUAACCUGCUUGUUCUAUUUUGAAUGGCUCUCAGCUUUUGAGAAUUUCUGUAGUAGAAUUUCCUAAUUAGUUAUAAAAACCUCAUGGUUACUUUUGGCUGUAGAUAAGCUUGCAAAAUGCAUAUGUAAGAUUGGGAAUCUUGAAACCAUUUAUUUGCUAAUUAUGUUUCUCUUAAUACUUUGUUAGAUAUGUGUUUAAGGGAGGUGUUAUACCUGCUUUUAAAAAUAAGCAUUGUGGACACCCACAAACAGAAGUUCAAAGCAUGCUGAAGGUUCAAAAGUAUUAGUUCUGUACUUAAUCGAAGUAGAUAAGCAGCUCCUCCUGAUAAUGCCAACGUCCUACCUUGGUUUUCAUCACAGUUAUCUGGAGCCGAAGGCUCCAGUUGUCCGUAGUUUUCUUCCAAAAUAUAAUAAGCAUGUCAAAAAGUAUUUUCAUUACAGGAAAAAAAGACAUAUAUUAGUCACCCAACAGAAAAUGGAAAUUAAUAUCAACAGUUAUCUGUGUGAUAGAAAAUUAUGAGCAAACAAGUGAAAAUAAUAUUUUUCAUGGGAUGUGUAUUUUGUGUGUUAUUUGUACCAUCAUUAAACAUUUUAUAUCUAGAUUUUAUAAAUAAAGUAGCUUGAAUGUCCAGGAAAUAUUUUAUUAACAGAUGGUUUUGCCCACUGAUAUGUCGCUGUCAUCAUGGUGCAUGUAGGUGACAAUUGAGAUAGGCCAGGUUAUAAUUUAAGACAAGUAGUAUUGGUCAGAAGCUCAAUAAUGGAAUUAUUUAAUGUAUCAAUUUCUUAAGGAGGUAAAAAUUUGCUUUGCCAUACUUUCCCACUUUUUCAAGUGAACAUUUUAUAUUGAGAGGAUUUUUUUUCCUUUGAGAAGGGAGGAUUGAACUUUAAGGAUGUAUGACUAAGUCCUCAGUCUUUAUAGUAGACCUGCCCAGCAGCCACCGAUCAUCAAUACUGACGCCUGCUCCUCGCCUGCCUGCCUUUUCAUUCGCUCCUUCAACCAACAGUGUACAUUCACUCUUUCCAGUGACAAUGCAGUUUAGCUUUAUAUGCGAUUGACAGUUACAUUGAGUAGCAUUUCUGCCCUUGGGUUAUCUUUGGAGAACUUUUUUUUUUAAUUAGAAAAAUGCUGCAGAAAGCAAAAUUUUAUAAUAAAUCUUCAACUCUAUCACAACCAUUGAUUAACAAACAACAACAAACAUAACUACUUAAAGAAUCCCACAGGACACCUGACCUAAGGAUUGCAGUUGGUUUCAAGCAGGGAUAUACAUUUUAUUCAAUCCCAGAGAUCAUUUGCAGAUGCAUUCUUAAUUACACCAACCCCCCUAUAAUACAGGGAUAUUUUAGGAAAACAUUUUUACUGAACCUCACAUAAACAUGAAUUGUGGAAUAGUGCGUCCUGCAGUAUUUCAAACCCCAUUCUCAUCUGUUGCCACGAAAGCUCUGUUGCUGGAGGAGACGAGCUAUCAUAUGAAAGAGAAGGAAAAAAUUUGAUGACACAAGUCAAGGAUUUGACAUCCAGAAUGACGCAGCUACAAUCCCCUGGGAAACGGUUAAGGCAGGAGAAAGGAAGGAAGGAAAGACAUUCACUGGGAGCCACGCCCUGGAGACGCAGCACAAACACGCACUGGAACGCAGGGGAGGCAGCUCGUUGUCUAUGGCAGAAGGGAAGUAAAACCCCGCGAGUCUCUCCCCACUGCGGCUCACACCUGGCUUCACAGAACUUUUUGAAUCUCCUACAUGGCAAUUGAUGAGGAUGCCAACUUGAGGCUAUUUAUUUACUUCAGACUCCUUAAGUUAGAAGGUAGAAAAGUCACAUCCGCACAACUGCAUCAUUUGGAACAACUUGGUUGCAUGUAUUUCAGCACGCAGGGUGGCGGUAAGAACUUGUCACAUGAUGGGAAAUCAGAAAAUAGCUGCCUUGGGAGGCUGAUUAAAGGGGAGCAAUGCGGGUCCCCGUGUUUGAGGAUUUGAAAAAUGAAACGGAAGAAGACAAAGCAGGAGAAGAAGACAAUGGAGGUGAUAAGAUGUUCUGUAAGCCUGUGAUUGAAGAUCUAAGCAUGGAAUUGGCUAGAAAAUGCACCGAACUCAUCAGUGACAUCCAUUAUAAAGAAGAAUAUAAAAAAUCAAAGGACAAGUGCACAUUUGUGACGGAUACUCCGAUGCUAAACCAUGUGAAAAGUAUUGGCGCAUUCAUUUCUGAGGCCAGAUACAAAGGCACCACGAAGGCCGACCUUUCCAACUCUCUGUAUAAGCAGAUGCCGGCCACUAUCGACAGUGUCUUUGCCAGAGAAGUCACACAGCUUCAGAGCGAGGUUGCCUACAAGCAGAAACAUGGUACUGAGAAGGGACUUUCCGAUUAUGCCCACAUGAAGGAGCCACCUGAAGUCAAACACGCCAUGGAGGUCAAUAAGUACCAGAGUAAUAUUUCUUAUCGAAAAGAUGUGCAGGACACUCAUGUGUAUACGGCAGAACCUGACCGACCAGAUAUCAGGAUGGCAACCCAGAUAUCCAAGAUCAUAAGCAAUGCAGAGUACAAGAAAGGACAAGGAGAAAUGAAUAAAGAGCCUGCUGUAAUUGGAAGACCGGACUUUGAACAUGCUGUAGAAGCUUCGAAGCUUUCUAGUCAAAUUAAAUACAGAGAGAAGUUUGGUCAUGAAAUGAAGGCUAAGAAACAUCGCUACAACCCCCUGGAAAGUGCUUCUUUUAGGCAGAGUCAGCUCGCUACCACACUAGCCAGCAACGUGAAGUACAAGAAAGGCGUUCAAAGUAUGCACAAACCAGUUUCCAGUCUUCCAAAUGUGUUGUUUCUAGACCAUGCUUUGAAAGCCAGCAAAAUGCUAAGUGGUCGGGAAUAUAAAAAGCACUUUGAGGAAAAUAAAGGACUGUACCAUUUUGACAUGGACGCUGCGGAACACCUGCACCAUAAAGGCAAUGCCACGCUCCAGAGCCAGGUUAAAUACAAAGAAGACUAUGAGAAAAACAAGGGAAAAUCCAUGCUUGAAUUUGUGGAGACCCCAUCAUAUCAAGCUUCAAAGGAGGCUCAAAAGAUGCAAAGUGAGAAAGUUUACAAAGAGAAUUUUGAGAAGGAAAUGAAAGGACGAGCGUCGCUGGAUUUAGACAAGACUCCAGAAUAUUUGCACGUGAAGUACAUCACCGGCCUUCUGAAGGAGAAAGAAUAUAAGAAAGAUUUGGAAAAUGAAAUCAAAGGGAAAGGAAUGGAACUCAGCUCAGAAGUUCUUGAAAUUCAAAGAGCAAAGCGAGCAUCCGAAAUGGCGAGUGAGAAAGAAUACAAGAAAGACCUGGAGUUCAUGAUCAAAGGCAAGGGAAUGCACGUGGGCACAGACACCCUUGAAAUCCAGCGGGCCAAAAAGGCUUCGGAGAUAGCUAGUGAGAAAGACUAUAAAAGGGAUCUGGAGACUGAAAUUAAAGGGAAAGGCAUGCAGGUGGGCACAGAUACCGUGGAUAUCCAGAGAGCUAGGAAAGCAUCCGAAAUGGCCAGCCAGAAAGAAUAUAAGAAAGACUUGGAAAACGAAAUUAAAGGGAGAGGAAUGCAAGUGAGCAUGGAUAUCCCGGAGAUGCUUCGAGCCAAGAGAGCCGCUGAAAUCUACAGCCAGAAAAAGUAUAAAGAUGAAGCCGAGAAGAUGCUUUCUAACUAUUCUCCUGUAGCCGACACUCCUGAAAUCCAGAGAAUCAAGACAACUCAACAAAACAUUAGCUCCGUCUUUUAUAAAAAAGAAGUAGGAGCUGGCACUGCAGUCAAAGAUACCCCAGAGAUUGAACGAGUGAAGAAAAAUCAGCAGAAUAUCAGUUCACUGCAGUACAAAGAGCCAUGCCACAGAGCAACUCCAGUAAGUAUGACGCCCGAGAUAGAAAGGGUCCGCAAGAACCAGGAGCAGCUGAGUCCGGUGAAAUACAAAGGAGAGAUUAAACAGGCGACUGCCAUUUCGGAUCCACCUGAGCUGAAGAGAGUUAAAGAGAACCAGAGGAAUAUCAGCAAUGUUCAUUACAAAGGUCAGCUGGGCGCAGCCACUGCCCUAAGUGUCACCCCUGAAAUGGAACGGGUCAAGAAGAACCAAGAGAACAUUAGCUCGGUCAAAUACACCCAAGAUCAUAAGCAGACAAAAGGUAGACCCAGUCUGGUUUUAGAUACACCUGGUCUGAGGCAAGCUAGAGAAGCGCAAAACCAUAUUUCAAUGGUAAAGUAUCACGAAGAUUUUGAGAAGACGAAAGGAAGGGGCUUCACGCCUGUGGUGGAUGACCCUGUGACCGAGCGAGUGCGGAGGAACACCCAGGUGGUCAGUGAUGCUGCCUACAAGGGCGUCCACCCUCACAUCGUGGAGAUGGACAGGAGACCUGGCAUCAUCGUGGACCUCAAAGUUUGGCGUACAGACCCUGGCUCCAUCUUCGACAUUGAUCCCCUGGAAGAUAAUAUUCAGUCUAGAAGUCUACAUAUGCUCUCUGAAAAGGCGAGUCACUACAGGCGACACCAGUCUCGCUCUCAGUCCAGCAGCACGUUGGGUACAGGUCUGGGCGAGGACAAGUCAGAACUGUCCGAGACAUACCCUAGCUUUUCAUGCUGCAGUGAGGUCACACGACCGUCCGAUGAAGGAGCCCCUGUUCUUCCUGGAGCCUAUCAGCAGAGCCAUUCCCAGGGCUAUGGGUACAUGCACCAGACCAGUGUCUCGUCCAUGAGGUCAAUGCAGCACUCACCAAAUCUAAGGACAUACCGAGCCAUGUACGAUUACAGUGCCCAGGAUGAAGAUGAAGUCUCCUUCAGGGACGGGGACUACAUCGUCAACGUGCAGCCCAUCGACGACGGCUGGAUGUAUGGCACGGUGCAGAGAACUGGGAAAACGGGGAUGCUCCCAGCGAAUUACAUCGAAUUUGUUAACUAAUUGUUUGCUCCUUGCCCUCUGAGCUUUAUUCUAGUGUAUUCUGAACCUAAUCUUUUUAGAAGAUAGAAGAUACUUUUAAGACAAUUUGGUAGUUAUUUUACAAGGAUCUGUCCUUACUUCGACAAUUAGACACACCGGUACCAGGAAGAGGGAGUGAGUCCCAGGUUAAAAAUGGCAGCAUUUCCAGUAAUCCCCACAACCCCCGGUAAUUCCCUACAGAGACCUGGUGCUGCUCAUGGUGUUAAUGGUUUCCUUUGAUUGGCUACUGAGCCCUUAUGGGAAAUGUAUUUUUGUAGACUUUAAUAGCAAUGCUGAUUGUCCUAUACAUGUAACAAAGUGUAUGAAGCGUCUUAGCUGUCACCUUGGAGUCACCAGAAGCCGAUUCCCUUAAUUCAAUAAUGCAGCCAGUUCUUAAACAAACAAAAACUCUGUUUGGCUAAAGCGAUGGCGGAAGGGCAGCCCAGUUCAAUGUUAUGGAUGGGUGGCCUUAGGGACCUAGGGACUUGUACUCAACACGGAAGCUUCCUGGUUCCCUAGGUCCACGUGGGUCUCUGUAGUUUUCAUCCGUACCAAGUUCUCUUCUCUUCGCCAUUUACGUUCUAUGGACCCAAGUCGACACUUGACUCCCCAGAAUGUCAGGACCAAGCAGCUCCACAGCUACUCUGCAAAGAGCAACUGUUCAUGUCACCUCUGUCAUUUCCCUAGUAGCCCUGACUCUGUUGCAUGUCACGUAGGUUCAAGCUUCUGUAACAUAGACAGCGGCACUGCCUCCUCUCGUUAUUCAAGAAAAACAACAAAAACAAAAAACAUGGAGUUGAUCCCUAAAAGCACUUUCCUCUAGUUGUAGCUCAUCAGGAAACAACCAACUUCACUUGAGAAGUCGCUUGAGAUUCCUGCUGCCUUGCACUGUAGUUUUGAAGGAUCAACACCUUAGGAAAUAGAUGUAUAUGCUACUAAAUCAGUGCUGUAGGUGUUUCAUAGACCGCUUUCCUUCACGUAAUGCUGUUGGAUAUUUUAAAGUCAAACCAGUAGAAGAAUGGACUGGGAAGAAUGCUCAGAAAACUCAGCAGACCAAAAAGAAAAAAGGAGAAGAAGAAGAAAUUUGCAAGCUGCACAUAAAGAUAAUCUGGUUUCUUAUUUUGGAAAGUGGCCGUAGGAUUUUGGAAUGGAAAUCCAGCCACUGACACUGGUGAAUGAUAGACCGCCUUUCCACUUGCUAGUUAAAAAAAAUAUAUAUAUUUUUUCUAAACACAAGGCAGGGAAUGAGAUUUGCUGGACAGAUCCAACAGGUUGCUCAUUAGGAAAGACUUUGCUGCCAUGGCCUUGAAUUCCAGAGGAGACCCCGGCCUGCUGUUCUUGCAGGCUUCACAGCCUCGGGGGCAGCCCUCAAUGGUGGGUCUUUAAAUUCCACCUGGAACUUGAGGCCAACGCCGCUUGAGAGAUUGCCCUUGGUCAAACGUUAAGAUCACUGUUUACUGAGACCUGCAACAGGGUCACCUUCCUGUAGCACCCCAGGCUGUGGUUGGGAUAAACCAGAAAGAGCAAAGCUACAAAAAUGUCAGACAUAUAUAUGGGCCAUGAGGAUAUUGGCCUUAUCUGAUACAUUCAAUGAAAUGUUCAAAACGUCCUCUACAAUCUCUCUUAAAGAAAUGUUUAUUGAGCCGAAGCGGGGUGGGGUGGGGGUGUGUGGAGUUGAGUUAUUUGCACGUUUGGAAAGGUAGGACAUGCUUCUGAAAAUGUUUGGUUUCACCUUAUAGAUGGAAAGAGCAAAUAAGCUUUAAUUUACUUAAGCUCUAUCUAUCUAUGUAUAUGACAGUGACAUGAAAUUGAAAGGAGAAAGAUUCAGUCCAAUAGCCUGCACUUAUCCUGAGGCUGUUUUACAGAUGACCAAAUAACCAGUUUACCUGAUUUUCCAUCACUGAAAUGACCAGUCAGGAUUCAAUCGAUCAGAUCCCAUAUCUGUUUGCCUGGCAAAUUGAAGUUACAAUAGUCUUGGAGAAAAUUCUCUCUAUUAAAAUUGAGGGCAAGUGUCUACUCAACUUUAUUAGAUGGCUAAACAAAUCUUUACAUUUCACCCCGUUCUUUUCUAUUAUCAAACAGAGUAGUUGAUGAUCUAAAUUUCCAGGACAGGUACAGUUUUUGGUAAAUAGCACAUGUUUCAGAGGUUCAAAGGGAACUGGCGUGAAAUGAUUGUUUUGAUCAGGAGAGUUACCAUAACAUAGCAACCGACUGUAUCAUCUUCCGUUUCAUCCACUGACAACCAAAUCAGAUUCACUGAAUAGAGAAGUCAAAACUUCUCCUAAAAUUGUAAGCUUCUCAUAACGUUUGCAAAGCAAGAUGUUUCUGCUGCCAGCCUAUAGGAAUUAAAUAUAUGAUUUGAAUUUAACUAGAGAGCAACUCGGUAAAUAAAAGCUGAGGCCGAACAAGACAUCAUAUGCUCAAUAGAGUUGGCGUGGUUUGCUAAAACUUGUCAGGAUAGGACACAUUCUCCGAGGAAAGAUAGGAAGUAAAUAUCUAUUGCCAAAGUGCUCCUUCCACAGAAUCAUUUUCUAAAACUACAUCUUUGAACAACGUUUCCACUAUUCCACAUGCCCUCUCCCCACUUUCAGAUUAGCAACAGGUAUAGACAGGGGAGGUCAUGCUGAUGACGAACCACGAAUUUAAAACAAAUAAACAAAAAGGUCUUUUGAAAAGUGAGUUAAAGAGGAAGGUGAACAUAGCUAAGCACAGAGAUCAUGUUCCUGCCUUUCUUAAUCUGGUGUGGUCUCGGCCCGAUAAAAGCACAAGGAUCCGUUUGAUACACUCUUAAAAGGUUCUGAAAAUAAAACUGUAUGUGGAUCUUAUCUCUCUCUUGAGAAAAGUCUAGCAACGGAAUAUUGCUUUUGCUGUUUUUAUAGUCGAUGUUUCUACGAACUCUUGUUCUCUGGGAAAGCUUUCUAUUUCUGACGUGGGACAAAACGAAUUCUUCAUGUCUUUAUGUUCUCGUGUGCAUGUCUGCAGCGGAGCCACGCUUGAAAUAUCUGUCGGGUCGUCUGCUCUCUCUCCAGGGAGCCGACUUCUCCACAGCCCCCCUAGCCUUCCAUAGGCCACACCGACCUUUGUAAGCACAACUUCGACGAGUAUGUUGUAUGAACCUGAAUGAGAAUAGACCUGCCCCUCUCUUGCCAUUAGUCUUAACAAGAGACCUGCCAGAAGAUGAUAGAAAACAACGGUGUGGCUGCAUCACCGCAGCCUCUCCUUAUUCUUUCUGGGUUGAGUUUUACAACAUUCGGGGAUGAAGAGGUUUUUCUAGAUAUAACAGUGGGGCAGGGGUAUGUGUCAGGACGUGUUCCUCCUGGUCAGGUGCAUCUGUCACCCACGGAAUGCUUUUAAUGAAAAGACAAGGACAAUGUGGAUGAGCCUUGACUAACGCAUCCCUAUGUGAAGUGGAUAUAAUUUAUACCAAAAUUAUAAUAUAGAUGUAUACUAAAGUAGGUGCCUUUUUGAUUACCCUUGUUUAUCCACUGCAGCCUUGGAAAGUAAUACAAACAAUUAAGCUUCUGCCCAUCCGAUAGUGUUAUUUUAUUAUAUAGGAUUGGUAUUUUUAUGGUGGGAAAAAGGGAUGCACCUGACAGAUAUUGAGGGUGGAAGCGGAUUGUAUUUUACUUACAAAGGUUUAGGAGUUUAGGGGGAAAAAUGCUGACUUCUUCCAUUUAUUUAUGAAAGGUUUCUUUGCAGAUUUAUAUUUGUAGUUGAGAUGCUUAAACUUUUGGGGUGGGACUUAAAGUACCUAUUCUAAGAUAGGCAGAAAGAUUCGCUUAGGGGGCUGAAUUCCUUAGACAAAGUGAAAUUCACUUCAUGAGCCCGUUUUGCUGUCGUAACCUGCUGCUUCUCCCGUCAUGGGCUGGAUGGUGAUGAGUUCGGGCGAUGUGAGUUGAAGGGGGGAAAGGUUUAGUUAAGCCGAAAGCACUGGCAAAUAGACUAGAACACUGAUACAAGUCUCGUAGUGAGAUAGCCCGUGCCCUUUAAGGUACCUUCCAGGCGGCUUGUCAACUCUUAGUGAUACAAAAAAAAUAAAAAAUCAAGACACUAGUAAUGUUUCUGUGAUCACUGGCCCAUCAUGCUUGGACCAUGAAAUCCCCAAGCCUAGAGAAUCCCCUGGGGAAGAUUUCCUCCCCGAUGGUCCACCUGUCUUUAGAAUAGUCAUGGGAAUUCCAUAUGCUUUUUGUGUUGAAUAUAUGGUAUCCAGUUCGCAUAGUCUAUCCUCCUUUAUAACCUGGUCGCCAUUAAUAAAGAGUUCCUUUAGAGGAAAGGAGGAAGCUGCACCACAGACUGUUCUCGAUGUCCGCACACUGAGGGGGGGUGGGCACUAGGGAGCGGUGCCCAAAGUGUUCUGGGUGUGAUGUGUAGCUGUUGUCUCUACCCUGUGAUACAAAUGCAAACAUGAACGAGCCAGUGUGCAGUGUGACUUACAUUUGCUUCAAUAUGUGUAGAAUUUUGGCUUAUUAUCUUUUGCAAGACUACUAACUAGGACAGCAUACAGUUCUGUAGACUACAGUGUAUUUCCAAUGCAGGGCUUGCAGAGGGAUAUGAUAUUAUCAGUAUAAUUUGGCUUUUGUUAUGCAAAUUGUCAACACCAGCUAUUAAAAUAUAUUUUAGUAGAAAUGCUUUAAUUCAUGUUUUUUUUCCCUCUACACUGUGAAUCUUUCAGCCUUGGUGGACUAGAGCAACAUUGUGCUGCCCAAUGGACUAACCUAUGCAAACUAGUUCACAUUUUAGUGGAUGUCACAGUCAACGUGUAAUAAGAUAUCCUUUCCGCCUGCAUAAUGGACAAUGGUAUUGAAACAAUACGUUAAGCCUAGCAUCGUGUCUGUAUAGCGUAGUCACUCACAAACUUUUCAAGGCUACCAUUGUAUUAAUAUGUGUUUGGAAGCAAAUCGCUGACUGUUUAUUAGAACUGCUUGUAUGAUGUCCAACAGCAACAAUGACAGAUGGACACAUCCACCAUGGCUUCCAUGUGGUCACGGCAAGUGUUCUCUCACGACAACCACGUUCACAGAUGCACUCUCGUCAGGGGAUUAAGGUCUGUGUCUUCUUUCUGUAUUUGUGAAUCUGACGAAGGCGUUAAUCUCUUAUCUCUACACAUUUGGUUCGCUUAAAUAAAUGCAGACUAUAACAAAACGUU